UCCCUGAUCAGAAGUUGUCUUUAGUGGAAGACCUUUUCUUCAACAUCGUCGUCUCUGAAUCAAAUCAUUUAUAAUUCAAUCCACCAACUCAUUAUUCAAGUUUCGCCACUCCAUUUUGGCGACCCCCCAGAUUUCCAUGAAUGAUCAGCGCAAACUCAAUCCUCCCACCCACCACCGUCUCCCCCGCCGCCUCGUUUCAGUCUGUGUUUCAGAUUCUCACGCGCCUCCGUGAACCAUAAUUCCCCGCCCCCAACUAACAAAACCGAACAUAGAAUGAUUCCCAUCAUUACUCACCUCACCUUCUUCAUUAUCUUCCUCCAAUUCUCUUCUCCUUGCCUCUCAGUUCGCGAUGUUUCACUGCAACAGACCAAUUCUUCUUCUUCUUCUUCGUGUCCUCUGGAUUUCGAUGCGCUUCGGAGAUUGGUGGAGCAGAGCUCCUCGCGCCCCACUUUGAACACUACAACUAACUGUCAGUACAUCCUUCAGGGCCUCCGACUCGUCCAGUCCGAUUAUCUCCGGCGUACCAAUUCGUUCCUCCCGCCUUUGGUGUCGGCGCAAUCUUGCUGGGAUUCUUAUCAGGCCGUAGUCAACGGUUUCCUCCCCGGCUUCGAUAUCCGAACCCGCUGCGGCUUCCAAACCGGCUGGAUCUCUCAGGGUUGCAUGAACAUCACGACCCGACCCGAAUUCGAGUCCAACGUCUCCGCCGCCGCCCUCUCCAGCGUCGUUUCCGCUUGCAAUCAGUCUCUCGACAACAACUCCCCUUGCGCCACGUGUACCACGAGCCUCUCCAGCCUCUCCGCCUCCUAUCUCACCGGCCCAUCCAUCGGCAACGUCUCGGAUUGUACGGCGUAUCCCUCAAUUUACGCCGCCGCCUUCGCUAACCGCUUCGGCCCCACCGAUAAAGGUACCGCGAAAUGCUUGUUUGGUCUUGAUUCUUCUUCCCCUAGUUCCGGUAGUGGAAAGAAAAAGGUUGUAAUUCCUAUUGUAUCCGUGCUUUGUGGUUUAAUUUUGGUUCUGGGGUUUGGUUAUUGGUACCUAAGGCGAAGAAGGAAAAGAAAAUUUAUGAAGAAAUGGAGAUCUUCUUCUAAUUUGGGCUCUGCACUGGAAUCAAUUAGUAGCAGCACUACUCUGAUUAAAUUUUCAUUUGAUGAAAUUAAGGCCGCCACCAAGAAUUUCUCAAGGGUGAAUAUAAUUGGAAUGGGGGGCUAUGGAAAUGUGUACAAGGGUGUGUUGUCUGAUGGCUCUGAAAUAGCUGUUAAGAGGUUCAAGAAUUGCUCACUAGCCGGCGAUGCAAGUUUUGCCCAUGAGGUCGGGGUUAUCGCAAGUGUUAGGCAUGUGAAUUUGGUGGCAUUGCGGGGAUAUUGUACAACGACAUCCUUUGAGGGUCACCAGAGGAUUAUUGUGUGUGAUUUGAUGAAGAAUGGGAGUCUCCAUGAUCACUUGUUUGGAUCAGCAAGGAAGAAGCUCAGUUGGCCUAUUCGACAGAAAAUUGCGCUUGGGAUGGCUAGGGGAUUGGCUUACUUGCAUUAUGGGGCUCAGCCAGCCAUUAUUCAUAGGGAUAUUAAGGCUAAUAAUAUACUUUUAGACGACAACUUUGAGGCAAAAGUUGCGGAUUUUGGAUUGGCGAAGUUUACUCCUGAGGGUAUGACACAUAUAAGCACUCGAGUGGCAGGGACUAUGGGAUAUGUAGCACCUGAGUAUGCGUUGUAUGGCCAGUUGUCCGAGAGGAGUGAUGUUUACAGUUUCGGGGUUGUGCUUCUUGAGCUUUUGAGCGGGAAGAAAGCGCUUAUAGCGGUUAACGAAGGGCAGCCUACGCUUGUGGCUGAUUGGGCGUGGGCAUUGGUUAGGGAACGGAGAGCAUUAGAUGUAAUUGAGGACAAUAUGCCUGAAUUGGGGGCACCUGCCAUUAUGGAGAAGUAUGUGUUAGUCGCGGUUCUCUGUUCUCACCCGCAAUUAUAUGCUAGGCCAACCAUGGACCAGGUUGUUAAGAUGCUGGACACUGACGUACCAGUUCCAAUGAUACCCGAGAGACCAGUUCCGUUGAUUGCAGGCAUUGAAGAUAUUGAGAGAUCGGUUAGCAGUAGUGGGUCUGGCUAUCUUUCUACAUCUGCUGGCUACCAACCGUACGCAUUUGAGGGAAAUAGCCCUAAAGCCCCGGAGGGAAAUGGUGAAGAUUCUGUUGGCAAGGGAAAUAGCCCUAAAGCCCCGGAGGGAGAUGGUGAAGAUUCUGUUGGCAGAAGAGAACGACUCAAGUCUACUUUGCAGCUUCUAUUAAAUUCUUGAUGAUUGUCUCACUCUUUGGUUGGUUUACAUAAGAUUUGUACAUCACCAUCAAACUUGAGACAUAUUUACUCAGUUAAAUCAAUGUUGGUUCUUGACACGUGUAAAUAAGCUUAUAUUCGACACUUGGCUUCCAGCCUCAAAACCUUAGGGAAGAGAUAAAAGUCUGAACUUGCAAUCACCAUUUGGUAUCAGUUGCACAGCACAGAUGUACUAAUGGAAGUGGUAUACUUCUUGUAGUUGUGAUCUGAUGCACUGCAAUAGGGAAGUGGAAGAGAAACAAGCUUUAAUCUGUGGGUAGAGAGCAGAACAUAUGAUUGCUUGGGUGGUUUCUAAACAAGGAGACACUGGCCCCUCAUAGCGAGUGAGUUGCUAAAUGAGGAUGUAAUAUUUUAGCUUAUAUAUAUAUUAGUUUUAUAGGCCCAUUGCGCGAAUGGGUUAAUGCCCAAUAUUUAUAUUUAAAUAAAUAUUUGAAAGUA